AUGAGCAGCGACGCGUUGGCGGCUCUCAUCCGUUCAUUCCGGCGACUCAUUAAAGUUGAAAUUCGUAAUACAGUGCUGAAACUCCUGCAGAGGCACAUACCAGCAACACAAGGUCAUCCAUCUCAGCUGAACCACCCGUAUUUUUUCCUCUCACAUCCUGAACCACUACUGCAGGUACUUUGUAUAGAGCAAGACGAUGAUUCCUUCGAUUUCGACACCCUGAAGAAUUGGCUUUUACCAGGACACGUUGCAUCUUCGUUGAAGGCGUUAUUCUUUGGCAGAAGCUUGAAAGCAACCCCCUUCACUAGGUUCAUCUCCGACUUAGGCUCUUGUCCGUCAUUGGAAUAUAUUGAAUGCAAUGUAUAUGAGAUUGAUAAAUUCUCCGGACUUGACCUAUCCAAGCUCUCAAACCUCAGAACACUAUGUUUUGCUCUAGGCGCCGUGGUGGCACCAUUGGACAAUCUCCUGUCGAGCGAGACAUUUCAGGGGCUGGAGUCCCUGGAAUUGGUGCACCGCUGUUAUCAUCAGCCUCAGAUACUUCGGAAGACUGGCUUGGAGGUCCUCCCCCGACUUUCAGAACGUGGGACCCUGAAAUUUCGCUAUAACGAGUUUCCUAUGCGAGAUUUCUCAGGUCGAGCUGGGAGUUAG